UGUUCUUCCAAUCUCAGGCUGUCAUGGCGACUCCCAACAAUGCUACUCCCACCAACUGCAGCUGGUGGCCCAUUUCAGCUCUUGAGAAUGAUGCAGGGAAAUCUGCGGAGGUUGAGGACAGCCAGGACCCAACAGACCCCGCUCUCAGAUCCAAGGAUAGGCUGGUUUUGUAUCACUGGACCCAGUCUUUCAGCUCACAAAAGGUCCGCCUGGUCAUCGCAGAGAAGGGGCUGCCGUGCGAGGAGCGGGAUGUCAGCAUGCCCCUGACUGAGCACAAGGAGCCCUGGUUCAUGCGUCUCAACCUCGGGGAGGAGGUGCCCGUGAUUAUCCAUGGAGACAACAUCAUCAGCGACUACAACCAGAUCAUCGACUACAUGGAGAAGAACUUCACAGGAGAAAAUGUUACCCAGCUGAUCCCCGAGGCCGGGAGCAUUCUUCACACAAGAGUGGUGCAGUACAGAGAGCUCCUGGACUCACUCCCCAUGGAUGCCUACACUCACGGCUGUAUCCUCCAUCCCGAGCUCACCACUGACUCCAUGAUUCCAAAGUACGCUACAGCUGAAAUCCGCAGACACUUAGCUAACGCCAGCACAGAGCUGAUGAAGCUGGACUACGAAGGGGAGCCCCAGCUGACCGAGCCAUACCUUUCCAAACAGAAGAAACUCAUGGCCAAGAUCUUGGAACAUGACAAUGUGAGCUACUUGAAGAAAAUCCUUGGCGAGCUGGGAAUGGUGCUAGACCAGAUUGAGGCCGAGCUGGAGAAGAGGAAACUCGAGUAUCAAGGGCAGAAGUGUGAACUCUGGCUCUGCGGAUGCGUCUUUACCUUGGCCGACAUCCUACUGGGGGCCACCCUGCACCGCCUCAAAUUUCUAGGACUGUCUAAGAAAUACUGGGAAGAUGGCAGCAGACCCAACCUACAGUCCUUCUUUGACAGGAUACAAAAACGCUUUGCCUUCAGGAAAGUUUUGGGAGACAUACACACCACCCUUCUCUCGGCUGUGGUACCCAAUGCCUUCAGGCUUGUCAAACGGAAACCCCCCUCCUUCUUUGGAGCCUCCUUCCUUAUGGGAUCUCUGGGGGGAAUGGGAUAUUUUGCUUAUUGGUAUUUAAAGAAAAAAUACAUCUAAUGCUGGCUGUUUGGUGUUUAGUUUGGUGACUCUGUGCUGUGUGAAAUCACGAUGACUCCUCAGUAACUGUAAUGAAACAAGGUAUGAAUAAUUAUAUUGUUGAUGUAACAUUCCAUAGUUAGAAGUAGAAAAUUAUACCGCAAGGAAAUAAGUCAACUUAUAAAUGGCUUUUUUUAGGGUUAAGUAUUAAACAGUAGCGACCGGUGAGUGUCAUACUCGGGCACUUACUGAGCUUACACACCUGUCAUGGAGUGAAACUGCCUCCAGAGCAGGCAAAUUCCAGUGGAAGGGAGAUGACAACCCCGGAAAAAUUUCAAACCCCCAGGUUAAACUAUGGGAUUUGGAUACUCUGUGCGGUACCUUUAUGUUUUCAAAAUGUACAUUGGCCGCAUCACACUUUUGCCAGGUGCAAGUAGAGGGGCCGUUCUUCUUCUAGAAACUGUUACACUCUUGUGAUCUGGGGUCUUUCCUGGAAGCAGAGAGGACACAGCCAGCUGGGGGGUACAGUAGCCAGUCAAGAUCAUGGUGGAGUUGAAUGAUUUAAUUAUCCAUUUUUUAAAUUAUUUCCAUUAAAUCAAAUAUUUUUAAUGAGCUGCUCUUAGAAUGUAUCCACCUUCUACAUCUGCUUUUUUUUUAUGUUUACAUGUCUUUUAUUAAGAGCCACGUUUAUUUCUCAGUGAUAUCAUUUUGACUUCGAGGCUGAAUUCUGUCCAACACAGAUUUUUUUUUUAGCCUCGCAGCUCUUUGCCUUGAAUUUCCUUUCUGGAUUUGCAAAGGACCUUUCACCAACUGAGCUUCUCGGGACUCUGAAAAACGCAAGCGUUCUCAGAACUUUUCUGCACUUGCCUGAAGACACUUUUGUUUUCUCUUCUGUUGGGGGCUCUUCUCAGUAACUUUCUCCCCGUGUAUUUUCUUAGAGACACUUUGCACAGAAUCACGUUUAUCACUUUCUUGUGCCUUUUGCAUGUUGGAAAGAAUAAUGGGUGUCACUGCUACUCAUGCUUAGAAAACAACGAGAUCCAGAAUAAACCAGA